AUGCCAUUCAUAUAGUUAAAAAGUACUAUGACUAAUCUUGACUUUCUACUAAUAAAGCCAAACACUGGUGAAAAAUAUUACUAUCCUGUAUGUAAUUUUAUUAAAAUAGGUUUUUAAUAAAUUGUGUAGAAAAAUUCAUCGAUCUCUAAGAUGUUGUAAAUGGAUUCAAUUCUCAGAAUAAUUCUUAUAAAUGUCCUCAUUGCGCAAAAGUUUAUGAAGAGGUUUCAGAUUUUGUACCACAUGAUCUCUAUAUAAGAAUUAAGAAUGACUUCCAUCCUCUUACAGAUAAAAUUUCUGUUUUACAUGGAAUUUUAUAAAGUCACAUUAAAAGAAAUAAAAGAAGAUUUGGGGACCCAUUAACAUCUAAUCAAAUUUAACAACAAAUAAAAUUGUUAUUAACAGAGAAUAAUGAAGAUCAAUUUGAAAAAGCAUAAUAAUUUUCUUAUCUAGCCUUCUUUGAUUAAAAACUUAAAUCAAAUAAUUAAUUUUAAUUCUGGUCUAUAUGUUGACUUGAUAAUGUAAAUAUAAACAUUCCAGUAAGACAUAAGAAUUGCAAACAUGUUGAAGCUUAUGAAUUAUGUAACUAGAUUGAUUGGUUAUCAGAUUGAAAACUAUAGGGAUUUAUAAAACAAACAAUUACAAGAAAAAGAGUCCAAUUCAUAAAGCUUUCAAUAAAUAUUAAUCUAUAUUUAAAAUGUAUUAAAAUAGGUUGUUCAUUGUCUUGUAGUUGAUUUCGAACUUUUAAAAGCUAUAACAAGGUCUUAUCCUGGAAAUUAGCUCUUUGUAGUGAGUAAGUUAAAUAAUGAUGAAAUUACUUUAUCAGAUUAUAUUUCAAAUAAUGUUAGUAAUAAAGACCAAUUCAUUAGUACAUAUUGGAAUAACAACAAAUUAGAUAAAUUAUUUUAACUUUCUUUCUAAGAAUUUUAAAGAAUAGUAUUAGAGAAGAUGGUAACAGUAAUCAACUUAGAAUUACAUAGGAAUGUUAAGGAAAAAAUUAAUUAAUGUAAACAUUCUAAUUGUCUAAUGAAACUAAAGGACUAAUCUGGUUAGAUGAUUGAACUUCCAGCUCGUUGUGUUAACUGUCCAAUCCCAAAAGAAAAUGAGUCUUACUAUAGCGAAACAAAAAUUUCAUUAUUAAAUUGGGACAUUCGAACUUUUGUAACAUUCAUUGUUCAUAAGUAAAAUAAGAAAGAAACUUCUGAAAAUUACAAUGCCCUUUAUGUUAAACUGAAUUUAGAAGGAAUUUAGUUCAAAUUUAAUUUAACAAUAAAUUAAUUUUUUAUGAUGCUUAGUUAUAUUCGAAAAUGCAGAUUAACAUAGAAAAAAUUAGUUAUUGGCCAGAUAAUUUGUUCUCAUAUAAGGGAAAAGAAUACUUACUAGAAAAUUUCAAGAAUUUAUGGAAAUAUACCCGUGAAGAUUUUUAAAGGUAAUAAUUUAUAUUGAUAUAGUGAUAAAAAAAAUUGUGAAAUUUAAAAGAUAUAUUAUGAAUCAAUUUAUUGUCCAAAUAUUGAAAAUAUACUGA